ACUACCUCUCGACUGCUGCACAUCGCAAUUUUGCCAAGGCGCCCAUCCGGGACAACAAGAUGGCGGAACAGAGUCUGAAAGACGAAAUCACCCGAUUGCAAGGCGAGCUGCAAGCGGCACGCGCGGCUGCUACCAACGUCAACGAGUUUGCAGCAGGCGGUGCUGCCGCUGUAAACACAACUGCCGGUGCUGCCAGCGGUGCGAUAAACAAAAUCGGAAUCAAGAUCGGACCUUUUUGGAAACGCGAUCCAACGCUUUGGUUCGCACAACUCAAAGCACAGUUUGCGCUUGCGGGGAUCUCCCGUGAAGAUACGCGAUACUAUCACGUCUUAGCAGCUAUCGAUUCGGAAAUUCUCGCCUGUUGCUCGGAUAUUAUCCGCGAUCCGCCUGCUGCCGGACAGUACACCGCAAUCAAGGACCGGAUCACCAAAGAAUAUAGUACGAGCGAACAAAACAGAAUGCAGCAGCUGCUACGUGGAUGUGAGUUGGGUGACAGCAAACCCUCACAACUUCUUCGAGAAAUGCGAGACCUCGCUAGAGACGUCAUCACCGACGACAAGAUCAUCAAGUCCUUGUGGAUGCAGCAGCUUCCCGAAACUACGCAAGCCGUGCUCAAAGUGUCGAGCAAGGAU